AGCUUUUCGUUUAUUUCUUAGUUUAGAUUAGACUUUGCAAGCUUUGGAUUGACAAAACAAAAAUAAUGCGCAUACUUGCUUUAGCAUUUUCAAUAUUUUGUUUGAGUUCUUUCUAUGUGAAAGGUGAUGAUGCUACAAGCAAUCCAUGUGAUGGAGGAGAGCUCUUCUCCUUAGUGUGUAAAAUGCUGACUAUAAUGAAAAGAAAUACGGCUACCGCAAGAAAGCAUUUAGAAGCAAAGUUUGUAGCUGUGGAAAAAGAGCAAAAGAACGUUACCUUGCAAGUCCAAAAAAAGUUUCGUAAAGAAUCAGAAAAACUAUUGCAGAAACACGACAGCGAUGUGAAAGCGUUAGUAAAACUUAUCGAGACAAAGGUCCAAACAGUUACAAAAAUCUUGGACAAAAAGAUGUCCGAAAACAAGAAAACAAUGGACGAAAGGCUUACAAUGAUUUGGGGAGUGACACAAAGCAAUCUUUCACGUUUGGAAACCAAAAUAGUUAAACAAAUAAAUAACAGUAUGGUUUUAAACAGUAAAAACUUCAACAAAUUGGAAUCUGAAAUUGUUGACAACAAAAAUGAUCUAACUGAGAAACUAAAACUGGAGAAGGCAGAGAUGAAUGCGAGGGUGAACACAAAAUAUGAAAACAUCAAAAACGAAUGUCAAAAAAAGAUUACUUCUGUGCAACAUCAAAUGACAACACAGAUUCAAAAAAAUCAGCAACAGAUUCAGAACCUGUUAACCAAAUACAAGCAAACAUCGAAUUGGCCGUCGGGAAGUUAUUGUAUUUUGCAGAAUGGGGCGUGUCCUGCAGGAUUCAGAUCAAUCAUGGGACACAUGAUAGCUCUCUCCAUGUAUGCCGCCACUUCAACUUACAUCAAGCCAGUUGCUUUUGGAAACAGCAGAAUCAGUUGCCAUGGUAGAUGUGGACAAUAUCCAAAUUAUUUCGGAGAAUUACACAUUAGUGCAUGCUGCAAAUAAUCGUAUAUUCCAUUCAGUGUUAUAUUAAAUAUUAAUCUUAAAAUUGAGUUACCAAAUUGUGUUUUUUCUUU